AUGCAAGAAACAGCAUCUAAUCGACUUGAUGAAUUACAAAAACAUAUAGAACGGGCCAUUUCAAGCCUUCAGUUAUUAAAAUACCAAUCCGAAUUUCAGCAAAAAGUCAAAUCUAUUGAUCAAGAUGACCAACUACAACAUCCAAAAGCAUUACAUGCAAAAUUACAAAGUAUUAAAGAUAACUUUAAAAUUUUACAACGAAAUUAUGUCAACAUCAAAACAAAAGAACGAUUCUUACAAGCUUUAUUUGAUGAACCAAAAGUAAAAGUAACAGCCGAAGACGUUAAAGAGAUUGAGGAUAAAAAGAAUGAACUAGAAAAGACUGUAGAAGAGCAUAAUUUUGAAAUCGAACAACUGGAAGAAGACGUAUAUAGGGUUGCAAAUACAAUUGAUCGAUCAAGGAAGGAGUUAUUGGGUCGUGUUGAGGAUAUGAGCAAAAUAUUAGCAGAUACACUUAAUAUGGAGAAAGAAGUUGAGAGAAUACAGGAACUUGCAUCGAAUAAAAAUACACUUACGAUUGAGGAAGCAAAUAGCAUAAUAGCAACACAAACAAAUGAAUUAACUGCACUAGCGAGGGAAACUCAAGAGAAAAAAGAGGCUAUUGAGGAGCAACAGUGUGUAGUAGAAGACCUGGAAGAAGAGGUCCAAAGGCUAGAAAAGGAAGCUGAACUUGCCCAAGCAGAAGCCAAUAAACUACUAAAGCUGAAUGCGGAAAAGAACCCUGUUAUCGAAAAGGAGUACAGAGUUUUCAAACGAGCAAUAGACACGUGCGUCCAAGUGUCUGGUAUUGAUAAGGUUGAGUAUAUAUCUGAUACAGCAGUUAGUAUCACUUUUGCAAAACCUAUAGAAGCUACCCUUCAUAUCUCAGUUGAUCUGAAUGAGGAUAAGAUAACAGGUGCUUAUCUUUCAGGGACACAAAUACCUAUCAAAGACCUAAUCAAACAUGUUUCAAAAGUGACAAUUACAGAGGGAAUUCAGAGAAUGACAAUAGAGACAUUUGCUAGGCUAAGAAGUAAAGUAAAGUAA